CCUCGGCCAAAUUUCUCGCUCGGACGUCGAUGGCGGUAACAGAUUCAAUCUCGGUCUUCGCAGAGGGGACAUUCGAAGAACAGAUUCAGGAAUUAGUGUUCUACAUAGUCCGAAAUCAAGAAGAAGAGCGCCCUGUUCUCCUUCGCCCUUUCCAAGAUGCUUUCAAAACGGAAAAUGCGCAGAAACCUCUAGCAGAAGACUUGGAAAGACGCCAAAACAUUUUUGCGAUGGUGAUGGCUGAGGUGAAAGGGCUUGGAGACGGAUCGGAUAAAGAGAUCGAGGGAUUUUUCAAUCUCCUUUUUUCACAUAUCUUUUCGCUCUACUCGUACGAGUCACCCAUGACGAGAGAAUACGUUAUACAAUUGCUUGGAACCGUGACCUCAGCACCAGCCCAACAAACUGCCAUCAAAUACCGGAUAUUGUCUAAUUUAUUCAACACUCUCCUGAGGACGUCGCCAUUACGGUAUCUCGUCUAUAAUUCCUUACUGGACACCGCUCUGUCAACCGACGGCGUCGAGGUCUUGCAACUCUCAAGAGCAGAAGUAGAAAAAUGGCUCAGCGAAUGGGACAUAUCACCUGAGGAGAAAAGCACCUUCUUGAAAAGUAUUGUAGAUGCCUACGCAAAAUCGGGUCAACCCACAACAUCGUAUGAAUAUUCGUUGUCAUACGUCCGCUCGCUUCCCGCCACCUCAGAUGUUGCAAAGGCUGCAGCUCUCGACGUCAUUGCCACCGCGCUGCGCCUUCCAUUUACAUUUGACUUUGACCCGUUAUUCAAGCUGGAUGCAGUCGUGGCAGCCAAAGGUCACGAUCUUUUCUCUCUUCUCCAAGUCUUCCUCAGCGGCGGUCUAUCCGAGUUCAAGACAUGGCAACAAACUCAUCCCGGCGUGCUCGAGAAGUUUGACCUUGAAGUUACGCAACUGGAGCGCAAAAUCCGACUCCUCACCCUUGCAUCGUUAGGGUUCCAAAAGGUGGGACAGAAUGUUCCUUACUCUAAAAUAGCGGAAACGCUGCAGGUCGAUGUAUCUGAAGUGGAAAAAUGGGUUAUCGAUGUCAUUCGUGCAGGCUUACUCUCGGGAAAGCUGUCGCAAACGACUCAAUCUUUGCAUAUCAUGCGGUCAACAGCACGGACAUUUGAACGAGAGCAGUGGGAAGUUCUGGAAAAGAGGAUGUUAGCUUGGAAAGCCGGUCUUGCUGGCGUUUUGGAAGUCGUUGCUAGUGCUAGGAGACAAAAUGGAGUACACGGCAUACCCACAUCUGCCUAGUCGGAAUGACAAUUCAGCUUGUGCACCCCAGAUGUUACAUAAAUCCAAUUCCCUAGUGGGAGAGUAUUUACCAUUUUAGAUGUAUCUAAGGUGAUAUGUAGUGAUGGAUGUAUGUAUGUCUAAUGGUUGGCCGGGACCGACGCGAAACACAACGAAAGACAGUGCGUUCAAAUUAUACAGUGAGCCGUUGACAAUGUUACCAUUCACCGUCAAACCCGAUGAAUC